AUGGAUGUUGAAGAGCAAAUAACAAAUAUAUUUUGGGCGGAUGCACAAAUGAUAAAUGAUUAUGGGUAUUUUGGUGAUGUUAUCACUUUUGAUACCACAUACAAGACAAAUAAGGGUUAUCGACCGCUGGGAGUAUUUGUUGGACUAAAUAAUCACAGGCAAACGGUCAUAUUUGGGGCAGCAUUGUUAUAUGAUGAAACAAUCCCUUCUUUCAAGUGGUUAUUUGAAACAUUUCUCAAGGCAAUGGGUGGUAAAAAGCCAAAAACCAUGAUGACGGAUCAAGAUGCCGCGAUGGCUAAGGCUAUUUCUUUAGUUAUGCCAAAAACAUUUCAUGGAUUGUGCACUUGGCAUAUAAGACAGAACGCUUUACGGCAUGUGAACCACUUGUAUCAAAAGAGUUCACGAUUCGGUUUGGAUUUUGAAGCAUGCAUAGAUCUACAUGAAGAUGAGGGUGAAUUUUUGAAUGCUUGGAAUUCUUUACUUGUUGAGCAUAAUAUAUUGGAAGGGUCGUGGUUGCAUACAAUUUUUCAAUUGAAGGAGAAAUGGGCAUGGACAUAUGUCCGGAAAACAUUCACUGCAGAGCUGUUAAUGGUAAACGAAACAAAGAGUCAGAAGCUGAAUAUGAGUCAAAAAAAUAAGCUUCCUAGAUUGAAAAUGAAGAAGGCUCGUAUGCUCAUACAAGCUGCAAACGUUUACACUCCAAGAAUAUUUGAGGAGUUCCAAGAGGAAUAUGAAGAAUAUCAAGACACUUGCAUAAAAGAUUUGAAAUAUGGUUUGUAUGUUGUCACAAACUAUGAUAAUCCAACGGAGAGGAUGGUUAUGGGAAAUGCUAUGGAACAAAAACAAUGGACAAGAAAUGCAAGGUUGGGAAGUGAUCAAGAUUGGAAAGGGAGGCAUGUUGAAUUAGACAUAAAAGCCCAUUUCAUAAAGCGGUACAAUGAGUUAUGUCCUCGAAUGGUUAAGUUGACCAACAAAGCUUCAGAAACUCAUGAAACAUACACAUUUUUGUCCAAAGUUUAUGAAGAGUCCAGCAAAAUAAUUGAUGAUAUGUUGGCCAAAAAGUAUGUGGAUGGAGAAUCAAGUGGCAUGGUUCAUGUAUCCAUAUCAAUUGCAAAUGACGAAAUUGACAAUGUGGACACCGUUGGCAUGGCAAAAGGCAUAGCUAAUCGAGAAUGUUCACGCAAGCAGAAAAAGCGAUAUAAAUCUUGGAUUGAGAAAAAAGAUAAAAAGACAAAGAUGUGCUCAAAGAGAAAGAGGUCUGGUGAAAAUUUAGUGCAGUCGUUACCGCAAGAAACUACCGUUCAAGCGACACAAUCAAGUCAAGUUGGCAAUGGAACUCGACAUCAAGCUACAAUCCAAGAGUCAUAA